CGGACAUCAAGACUUCGUGUCCAUGUCGGGCCUCGCCAACCCUCUCCCGACCCACGCCACAUCGCCACGCUCCAUUGCGCCUGGUGUCCACCUCAACAUGACUCGGCCUUGCAAGUCGCCUGAGUCAGUGUGGUAUUUCUCCAUUUUUGUAGUUACAUUCGCUGUCGCUACCACCUCAUCUUUUCAGUUGACCUACGCGAUUUGGGCCUUCCGCCCUCCAUAGUGCACCGUGUCCCCCUUUUGGGCAUCCCUGCGCGCAACAUUUGUCGCCCCGUCCUUGUUGUCACUGCCCACUCGUUAUUCUGCCCACUAAACCCCGCACGGCCUGCUUCCUUGGGGAGCCUUCUUUCUUCCCCCCCCCUUCCGUUACCCGUGUAACGUUUGACCCACUCUUCCUGACGCCGGGACUGGCCAACCGCGAUCUGUAAAUCCAGUCUGUGAUGCCAAAUCACUCUGACUUAGAGCACGCUCUCCGCAAUCCACCCACGCAAUAUGUUCCUUCCUGACUCAGGCACCGCUACUCGCAUGAUCUGCCCACACACUGCAUAUUGCGGGAGAUGUGGUGCCAGCACAGGAACGCACGCUCGCGGGAAGCUCUGCGCAUCGCG